AUGGAGGGAGCAGCCGGGAGCCGCUCCCGGGAUUCCCGGGAUUCCCCGCAGCUCCCGGCCCGGCAGCACCUGGGCAGCAGCUCUGCUCUGUGGAGGCCCUGGAUGCUCCCAGCAAGGGAUGGGGAGAGCCAAGAAAUGCCAGAAAUGGAUGGUCAAGGGAUAAACUGGAGAUCAAAAGGAGCCCUGGGCUUCCAGCAUCCAGUGAGGCUUUAUUUGCCCAAAUCCAAAUCCCAGAAGUUUCUUGCUAACGCUGGAGAGAAGGUUCUGGCCAGUUUUCCUGUGCAAGCCACAAUUCACUUCUACAAUGAUGAUGCUGAGUCUGAGGAAGAGCCCUGA